AUGGACUACACCACCUUCCUCACCAGCGUUGUGAUUCUGGUGUCGUCAUAUAGCACCAUCAGAUUUCUUCAGCAUCGCAAACGCUCAAGGAACCACCCUUUCCCUCCUGGUCCUGAAGGUUACCCAAUCAUCGGAAAUGUCCUUUCUCUCUUCCAGGGAGAGCGAUGGAAGAUCUUCAGUGACUACAAGAAACAAUAUGGUGACCUUGUUCGUCUUCACGGAUUCGGAACGGACCUCAUUGCUUUGAACUCGUUGGAUGCUAUUGAUGAUCUUUUGGGCAAAAGGGGACACAUCUACUCUCAUCGCCCUACUUUCACCGUUGUUGGAGAGAUGAUGGGUCUUGACCAGAGCACACCCCUCCAAUCCUACGGACCCGACUGGCGCAUGCACCGCAAGUUGGCCCACAACGUCCUCAGUAUCACCGUUGUCAAGCAAUACUGCCAGCUCCAAGAAGAUUUGGCUGUACUCCUCUGCGACGAAUUCAUCAAAACUCCCGAGAAAUUCUUCUCCUCCACCCGACUCUUCGCCUCUCGUCUCAUGCUCACCAUCACCUACGGUCUGUCUGCCAAGGAUGCCGAUAACUUGUACGUCGAACACGCCCACAAGACCAUGGCCAUGGUUUCCAGGUCCAGUAUUCCCGGAGCUUUCAUCGCCGAUUUCCUUCCCUUCUUGAAGCAUGUACCAUGGCCAUCUUUCCGCAAGGAAGUUGAAGAGGGACGCGAUAUGAUUGAUGGCCUCGUCAGACUGCCUUUCGAACACGUCAAGCGUGAUAUUGCUGCUGGAACCGCCCUCCCAUCUCUUACCAAGGAUCUCCUCACCACCUCCGACCCCAGCCUUGACCACCACAUCAAAUGGACCACCGGCUCUAUGUACGGCGCCGGAGGAGAAUCCACCUAUGCUACCGUUUCGACCUUCAUUUUGUGCAUGGUUCUGUAUCCCGAGGUCCAACGCAAAGCUCAAGAGGAAGUUGAUCGCGUCAUUGGAAAGGGCCGUCUCCCUCUUAUCGAAGAUAUGCCCGAUCUCCCCUACGUCAACGCCAUGAUCAAGGAGACUAUGAGGUGGCACCCAAUUGUGCCUUUGACUUUGGCUCGCCGCGUCGCUGAGGAUGAUUACUACAAGGGCUUCUUCAUUCCUAAGGGAACACUCGUCAUUCCUAACGCAUGGGCCAUCGCUUUGGAGUCAAACCCUAAAUAUGAACCCAGCGAGUUUAUUCCUGAGCGCUUCUUGGACAAGGAUGUUAAGGCCACCGACCCCGCUCUUUGGGCUUUCGGCUUCGGAAGGCGUAUCUGCCCUGGCAAGCACUUGGCUGAAAACUCUCUCUUCAUCGCCAUUUCUAUGAUCCUUACUGUAUUCAACAUUUCCAAGGGUGACCACGAAGUCACUGCCGCGUUCGAAGAGGAUCUCAUCAGUUACCCCAAACCCUUCAAGUGCAAGAUUGAGCCCCGUUCUGACCUUAUCAAGAAGCUCGUCACCACCAGGGCUGCUGAGGUCUACGUUUAA